AUGGACAACCAUCUUUUGUCCACACAUACUUGCACACUGAAAAUGAAUCUUCUUUGCUGUGAGGAAUGUCCAAAAAAGCUUAAGAAAAAGUUGCAGAAAAUUAAUGGAGUGAAGAAAGUAAACAUAGAUCGCCAACAAGGGUUGGUAGCAGUUUCAGGCAACAUAGAUCCAGUGAUCCUCAGAGAGAAGAUCAUAAUAUUGGGCAAACGAGCAGAGCUUCUGUCCUUUCAAAAGCACCCAAUUACCUCCCACAACAAAUCUGCUUCUUCUUCUAAAAGCUGUUCCUGCGGAGGUAAUGAAAAUACCACAACUUCUGAUGAAGAUGAUAACGAUCAAAAUACACCCACCACAAACCAAAAAAACAAUGGCCUUCUCACCUGGCAGCGUCCAGAACUCGUCACGAAAGACGAACGGAAGAAGAAGACGAAGAAGGUUCUGCCCAUGCCCGGCCUCAUACCAAGGCCCAUCAUGAAUUACAUGGGCUUCAUGCCUUUUCAUGGACCGUUUAGACCUCUAAAUAUGAUCCAUAGGCCUCCGGUACAGGCACCAUAUGCGAAUGGAUAUGGGCCAUAUGGCUACUACCAACCAAUACCUUGGGCUCCAGCAUAUUCAUAUUUUGGGUCCAGGUCUCCUUCAAGAGUUAACCCAAUGAUCCAUUCCACAAGUUACGAGGACAAUUAUAGCCCACUUUGAGAUUAAUGGUUGAAUGUGCUGAUCCUUUCUUUUAAACAAAAACAAAGUGCAUUAGUAUGUGUAAAUGGCUCUA